AUGUCGUAUAUGCUGCAGCAUCUUCACUCAGGAUGGCAGGUGGAUCAGGCUAUUCUCACGGAAGAGGAGCGGCUGGUGUGCAUUCGGUUUGGUCAUGACUUUGAUCCAGAAUGCAUGAAAAUGGACGAACUUCUCUUUAAGGUCGCCGAAGACGUUAAGAACUUUUGCGUCAUUUAUGUGGUUGACACAACGGAGGUACCUGAUUUUACCACUAUGUAUGAGCUGUACGAUCCAGUUACAGUCAUGUUCUUCUACCGCAAUAAGCAUAUGAUGAUUGAUUUGGGUACAGGAAACAACAAUAAGAUCAACUGGGCGAUGAACAACAAGCAGGAGCUUAUUGACAUCAUUGAAUGCAUCUAUAGAGGGGCUCGCAAAGGGCGCGGUCUGGUGAUAUCGCCGAAGGACUAUUCAACGAAGUAUCGCUACUGA